CGGGUCAUAACACAACGAGGUUGCUCCUUUGGUAACAGUUCACUUGAGCCGUGCUAGUGUGCGGAGCUCUUCAACAAAACCAUAUAUUACGUAUAAUAGCUAGAAACAACUAUGGGCAAGCAAGAAGAAGGUCAUGUCAAGAGACCUAUGAACGCAUUUAUGGUAUGGAGUCGCGGUAAGAGAAAGCAGUAUGCUGUCCGUGAUCCCAGAAUGCAUAACUCUGAAAUUAGCAAAAGAUUAGGAGUCGAGUGGAAAAGUCUUACUCAAGAGGAAAAAGAACCGUUUGUUGCAGAAGCAAAACGUUUACAAGCAGUACAUAUUCAAGAACAUCCUGAUUACAAAUACAAACCAAAGCGGCGAAAGCCUAAAUCACUGCAGAAGAAGGACGGACUCUCUGCUCCUGUGUACGGUUCUCCGUACCCGACUUCUAUGAUGGCGGUUGAUAAAUUCUCGACAAAUCAAUUGCCACAAACAAUAGCUCAUUCAAUGGCUUUGUCCUCCGACCCAAUGUAUUCGAAAAUGAAUGGAGGACCACCAUUUCAUCAUUCACCCGGUUAUCCAGUUAUAUAUCCAAAUGUAACAACUGGUGGGUCUUCGCGCCAAAUAUUUGCUGGCGCUAUCGACUCCACGCACUCGUUCCGUGCAAGUGAUAUGAUGUCCGGGAGACCUCUAUAUGGUAGUCAGAUUUAUCAAAGUCCAAUCCACUCUCAAGUACAGCAUCGAAUCACAGCAGUAGAGGAAAGCCGAAGCUUAAAAUCAUCUCCAAACGGUAAUCCAAGUCCACCGGUAACAAGUCCUGAUCCAGUCUCGAARCACAAUGGAGGUUAUUCGACUUCGGAGCUGAGCAACCAGCGUGUUUGGCAACCGCAGCAAGAUCUUUCCAGGGCCGUCACUUAUGUUCCGAUUCAUGAAGUAAAGGUUGACAGAAGAUACUAGUUCUACAAUCCUUCUUCAUUGCUGUAAAGACUCUUUCUCUUCAACAAUAGAAUACCGACAACUUUCACUCCUGAAAGGCCGCAGAAUAUGGAUAUUCUUGCUCCAUAUAUGAAGCCAUAACUCCCACAAAAAAAAUUCCUUUUUGUACAUUGUAGAAAUCAUUGUUCUUUAUGCUCAUAGAAAAAUCUAUCUAUAUAUAUUAUAUAUAAAUAUAUAUCCAAGAAUUUCCACUUUUGUUUAAAAGUAUUGUUAAAGAGAGAAGCUCUUUUUCAUAUUUUGAAAUAUCGAGUGUCGGAAUUAUAGAACUUAAAUUAAGUUCGUUUUGCAAAGUAUAGAAGUUACUUCUAUUACGCUGACACUUUUCUCGGGUAGAUAACAAGAUCUUAAACUUCACUAGCUCAUCUCAAUAUACAGAUAAGAAUAUUGUAUUAUAUUUAUAUGGCAUCAAAAUAAGGCCCCUUUUUAAAAGUUUCCUCAAUAAUUUGUUUGUAUAAGCCUAGAAUGGAUUUUCGRUAUGUUUCAGCAUAAUUAGAAAAGCUCUAAGAACACCUAAGGCAAUCAACUCAGUUGUYCAAUAACAAUAGCAUAGAAUACUAUCAAAUUGCGGUUGCAGGUUUUGUGGCUAAAACUGAGUGGAAUUGUAAUGUCUAUCAAUGAAACAUUGAAACAGAUCGUAGUUUUUGCCAUAUUGUAAGAUUGCGUUCAUUACUAGAGGCACUUGAUAAUUAUUUGAUAUUAUAGUGCCUUCUUUACUAAUACCUGUGGACCGCUAGACAUUAAGGCGUCGUAUGGGACCCUUCAUUUAAUAAACACUAGCUUAUACACUCUUCUUGUACAGUAUUGUCCAAACACAAUAAACAUAUACAAAAACAGUACA